CUGACUCCAGAAGAGCAGAGGAAGAUGAGGCUUCACUGAUCCUGCAGGAGCCAGCUACAGCCAGCUACUCAAACCUUCACCAUGAGUGUUGUAGCUCUCUCGCCCAUCGGGGGGGAGCCCACCUCCCCUAUGAUCACCUCCGUUACCAUGACGCACAGCAACUCCCUGGAGGAGGCGGUCUUCCCAGGCCACACCCCCUGCAGGCAGCGCCGGGCCCCCCCCCUCCAUGCGGGGGCCGACUGGAAGGUGCUCCUCCACCUGCCGGAGGUGCAGACCUGGCUGAGGGCGGCGGCCGGCCGCGUGUCCCAGCUCACACACUCCGCUGGCCAGGACGCAGAACACCGCCACAUAGACACACACCUGCUGCAGCUCAAGGACAUCUGUGAGGACAUCUCGGACCAUGUGGAGCAGAUCCACGCUCUCCUGGAGACGGAGUUCUCUCUGAAGCUGCUGUCCUACUCAGUCAACAUCAUAGUAGACAUCAGGGCGGUCCAGCUCCUGUGGCACCAGCUGCGGGUCUCAGUGCUGGUCCUGAAGGAGCGUCUCCUCCAGGGGCUCCAGGACUCCAACGGCAACUUCACCAGACAGACGGACAUCCUGCAGGCCUUCAGCCAGGACCAGGACCAGGACCAGACCCGAGUGGACGACCUGACGGAGGAGGACGACUGCGGCCGUCUGACCAUCCGCUGCAGCCGGGACUACUUCUCCCUGGACUGCGGCAUCACCGCCUUUGAGCUCAGCGACUACAGCCCCGGGGACGGCCCCCACCCCCUCCUGGACCCCCAACACCUCCAGGACCCCGAGACCCAGGACCCCUACUACCUCCAGGACCCCAGCCCGGGACCGGACCCCGAGACCCAGGAGCCCUACUACCUCCAGGACCGCAGCCCGGGACCGGACCCCGAGACCCAGGACCCCUACUACCUCCAGGACCCCAGCCCGGGACCGGACCCCGAGACCCAGACCCGCAUCCAGCCGGGAACACCGUCCGGCCCCCCAGAGCCCACACCCACCCACACAUCAGCCCCCGCCCCCAGUGCUCCCAGCAGGCAUUGCGGCAUGUUCCACCAGGGUGAACCGUCGGCGUCCAAGCGUCCACUAGCGUCUCCCACCCAGCCGUCGCUGGCAAAGAGAGCGGCCCUGGUCCCAGGCCCCAGCCCUGGGGGGCCGGAGGGGCCGGGCAGCCCCCCUGCCAGCCUCCUCUCCCAGGGGGAGGAGGGCCUGAGGCGGCUCCCUCUGCUGGAGCCCGACCACAGCGCCACCUUCUGGCUGGAGCUGGACUCAGGCUACCCAGAGACCCCCGCCCACCUGCAGACCCCCGGAGGAGGUGAAGGGAGCCGGACCCCCGAGAGGCCCUCCUCUCUGGCUGGAGCCACCGGCGAGACCCCCCGCCCCGCCCGGGACCCGCCGUCAUCUCCGGGCCCAUUGGCGACCCCGCCGCCCGGCAGGGGGGCGUCCGACUCCCCCGUGCCUUCCUCCGGCAGGGGGGCCCUCUCCUCCUGCUCCGACAUGGAGGCCUCUGGGGAGGAGUCGGACCCCCGAGCGCCUGGUGCCCGGCGGACCGCCCGGCACCCCGGCCCACAGGGGAAGGAUCACUGGUUUGGUUCGGAGGAGUUCCUGGCUCUCCCUGACCAGCUGAGACACACUGAGCUGCUGGCCAUCAACCUGGAGAGCCUGACCCAAGCCCUCCCCCUGAGGUCUAGCUGUGAUCUGGACCAGCGUGGCCUGCAGGACAUCGAUGACUGGGACCUGAGCGAGGUCUCCCCUGACUGCUACCUCCCCCUGGAGGACACGGCCUACCCCCAGUCGAGACAUCACCACUUCAACAUCGGCCGCUUUAGCCCCUCCUCCUCCAGCGACGUCCCUCACUCAUUGGACGACAGCAUAGAGUCCGGCCCCCUGAGCGAGCUGCUCUCCGAGGAGGACGAGGGGCGGAGCUCUGGGUCGGUGGCGCCGGCGCCCCCGGUGGCCGGUCAGGGGACCACAGCCCUGGUCUCACAGCUGCUGGAGGGCAUCCAGCACCACGACCCCCACAUCCUCAGGAAGAUAGAGGGCUUCGUGACGCGUCUGGACGUGUUUAUCGAGUGGCUGAAAGACGCGCUGCUCAGCACUGACAACUGGACCCCCCCUAGACAUGACCUGGACCACCUGAGAGACUACCUGGACACGCAUCUGGUGAGACCCACCCCCGUAUAG